AUGGCUGCCGAAGGAGUAGAACGAUAUGAAAUAGAACGUAUUGUUGAUAAACGUUAUAGAAAUGAUAACAUAGAAUAUUUUAUUAAAUGGCGAGGCUAUCCUGAUAGUCAAAAUACAUGGGAACCUUCAAGUAAUAUUCAAGGUGAAGAAGAAUCAGAACUACUUGCUGAAUAUGAAGCACUUGCUAAACGUCAACAACAGCAGAAAACAUACAAUUCAGGAUCGCGAUCAACAAUGAAUAAUUUCUCGCCCAAUAAACGUCGACAGGAUGAAAUGAUAAAUAAUAAUUUAAAAAAACGACCAUUAUCAACAAAUCAUAUUCAAUCAUCCAACACUCCGACUGGUUUCGAAAGAGGAUAUGAAGCUGAACGAGUCUUAGGUGCAACUGAUUCAGCUGGCGAACUUAUGCUACUGGUUAAAUGGCGUAAUUCGGAUGAAGCCGACCUUGUACCUGCACGCAUUGUCAAUGUUAAAUGCCCUGGCCUUGUCAUAGAAUUCUAUGAGCAGCAUUCGUUUUGGUCUCGCUUACCAAAAAUAAAUCAAACUAGUGGAUCUACAAUACGAUAG